CUUUGAGGUGAAGGAUAAUAAAGAUACAAGAUGCUGAAACUUAUGGAAUUCAGGUAAAAUAGGGAAAUUUAUAGUUGUAAAUGCAUAUAUUAAGAAAGAAGGAAGCUUUCGGUUUCUCGCAGAUAUUGCAACAGCAGCGUACCGUGACCCCGCACGGAUGGGUCUUCCGUCCCUCGGCUGACCCCGCGGCGUCCUCCGCGUCCGUCUCAGUCCCCCAUGGGCCUCCUUCCUGUCCCGGGACUAGCCAGAGCCAAGUCAGUUCCCACAAAGACCUACUCAAAUGAAGUUGUUACACUAUGGUACCGGCCACCUGAUGUGCUUCUUGGUUCCUCAGAGUACUCAACACAGAUUGACAUGUGGGGUGUUGGUUGCAUUUUCUUUGAAAUGGCUUCUGGAAGACCUCUGUUUCCAGGAUCAACUGUGGAAGAUGAAUUACACUUAAUUUUCCUACUGCUAGGAACUCCAUCUCAGGAAACUUGGCCAGGUGUGUCUUCAAAUGAUGAGUUCAAGAACUACAACUUUCCAAAAUAUAAACCACAGCCUCUAAUUAAUCAUGCACCCAGGUUAGAUUCUGAAGGAAUUGAGUUGAUAACAAAAUUUCUUCAGUAUGAAUCUAAGAAAAGGGUUUCAGCAGAAGAGGCCAUGAAACAUGUAUACUUUCAGAGUCUGGGACCAAGAAUACAUGCUUUACCUGAAAGUGUAUCAAUAUUCAGUUUGAAAGAGAUUCAGUUGCAAAAGGACCCGGGUUUUCGAAAUUCUUCUUAUCCAGAGACAGGACAUGGGAAGAACAGAAGACAGAGCAUGCUCUUUUAAGUCUGAUAACAUGGUUUCAAGCCCAGCCCCCCAGCCUUUCUUAUCAAUCAAGGACUCAGAUCUGAAGGCAGUUAUUUCUUUUGGUGGACUUGGAAUCUUCGUUUGUCUACACUGUCUUCUUCACAGUGGAGUCUUUUUAUUUCAGACCUAUAGAUUGUUUUUAUAUUUGUUGUCACAGUGUGACAAUUUUUUUUUUUUGUACAGUUGGUUUUAAGGUUUCCUCUGCCAUUAGAGCCAGUAGGUUACAGCUAUUGAUGUAACUGUAGCUGCAAUUUUUGUGCAGAACUGAGAAACACAGUGCAUUAUUUAUUGUGGAAUCAUUGCUGCUAAAUAACUACUGUCUGUUUAUUUAACACAACAGUUAAAUGCCUGAAGAAGUUGCAGUGGCUUUACUAUAUGUGAAUGCAUCUGUUUCUCCUCACAAAUUGUUUUUCUGCUGCAUUUUUGUUUUUAAAAUUAAACUGCAGUGUGUCCUGGAAUGUAAAUCUAGCUUUGCUUAACAGUAAAAUAAGUGAGCCAUCUUGAACACUCUGAGUUCAUGAUAUAUAAUUUCUUAUUGAACAUUGGCAAAUAGAGUAGCUCAGAGAUUGAUAAGCACAUUAUUUUUAGGAAAGCAUGAGAUGCAGAAAUUGAUUCAAGCAAGUGAAUACCUGAUAUUUUGGAAAUCCCCACCUUAGACACCAGUAAAUUAAAACACCCAAAUAAUUUAUUUUUAUCUAUUACAUAUUACUGGAUAUUUGUAUACUAAUACACUUGCCUAAUUUUACAUUGUGUUUUAAUUCAGUUAAAACUAAACCAUACAAGUCCAGACAAUAUGAAAGGUCUUGUUUUUGUUUGUUUUAAAUACAUUUCUUUUAUUAGAAAGGAUGGUAUUUCAUUGGGUGGCAAUUUAUUUUUCAUUUGGGAGUUGUAUAUGUGUUUUAAUAGCACUUACUUGGAAUCAACAGAAAACUAUAAAAUGUCUUUGUAAUGAGCCAUGAUGAACUUCAAAUGAGAGAAAUGAGAACUUAGAGGAUUAAUGUUUUAAAGGAUUAUAGGUAUUCUGUUUACCAGAGAUAGUAAAUAUUAAAGUUUUGAUUAUGCAUCUCUUCGGACAUCAUAAACACACCUUGGUAUUGGUAACAGUGUUUUAAGAAUUUGUGUUCACUUUUAAGGACUAUUUGUUUAGUGCAUCUUAUAAACUAUAAAUCUUAAUUGGUAUAUUUUGAAAAAAAAAAAAAAAAAGAAAGAAAGAAGGAAGAUCUCAAGAGAAUAACCUAACCUUCUACCUU